CAGGCUGGGGGCUACCUGGGCAGCAGGAUGGGGUCUUGAGGGUGCUUCGAACUGCAACGUGGGCCCGAGGUGGGCGCGUCUGCUGCGGGACAGGUCGCCCAUAGCGUCCGGCUCGGGGCACCAUGUGGGCCGCUGCCACCAACUGAUAACUCUUGGGCCUGGACGCAACUGCUUGGACCAAACAAGCCACGAGUGCCGCCAUGUUUUCAGAGCAGGCAGCACAGAGGGCCCACACUCUGCUCUCCCCGCCAUCAGCCAGCAAUGCCACCUUUGCCCGGGUGCCUGUGGCCACGUACACCAACUCCUCACAGCCCUUCCGACUGGGAGAGCGCAGCUUUAACCGACAGUACGCCCAUAUUUAUGCCACACGCCUUAUCCAGAUGAGACCCUUCCUGGUGAGCCGGGCGCAGCAGCACUGGGGCAGCCAAGUUGAAGUGAAGAAGUUGUGUGAGCUGCAGCCCGGGGAGCAGUGCUGUGUGGUGGGCACGCUGUUCAAAGCCAUGCCUCUCCAACCCUCCAUCCUGCGGGAAAUCAGCGAGGAGCACAACCUGAUCCCCCAGCCGCCUCGGAGCAAAUACAUCCACCCAGAUGACGAACUGGUCUUAGAAGAUGAAUUGCAGCGUAUCAAACUGAAGGGCACCAUCGAUGUGUCAAAGUUGGUCACAGGAACGGUCUUGGCUGUGUUUGGCUCUGUGAAGGAUGACGGUAAGUUUCAGGUUGAGGACCACUGCUUUGCUGACCUGGCUCCACAGAAUCCUGUGCCCCCACUUGACACAGACAGAUUUGUGCUACUGGUGUCCGGACUGGGCCUGGGCGGCGGUGGCGGGGAGAGCCUCCUGGGCACGCAGCUGCUGGUAGACGUGGUGACGGGACAGCUUGGGGACGAAGGGGAGCAGUGCAGCGCUGCCCACGUCUCUCGAGUCAUCCUUGCAGGCAACCUCCUCAGUCAUAACACCCAGAGCCGAGAUUCCAUCAAUAAGGCCAAAUACCUCACCAAGAAAACCCAGGCAGCCAGUGUGGAGGCAGUCAAAAUGCUGGACGAGAUCCUACUGCAACUCAGCGCCUCAGUACCCGUGGAUGUGAUGCCGGGAGAAUUUGAUCCAACCAACUAUACGCUCCCACAGCAGCCCCUGCACCCCUGCAUGUUCCCCCUGGCCACUGCCUACGCCACACUCCAGCUGGUCACCAACCCAUACCAAGCCACUAUUGACGGAGUAAGGUUCCUGGGGACAUCUGGGCAGAACGUGAGCGAUAUCUUCCGGUAUAGCAGCAUGGAGGACCAUUUAGAGAUCCUAGAGUGGACCCUGCGAGUCCGUCACAUCAGCCCCACGGCCCCAGACACCCUAGGUAUCUGCUCAGUUACACUUGUGGGACGAAGGCCCGGGAUGGGUUCCCAGCACAGCCUGAUACUCAGAAAAGCUGUUUUGGCAACUGGUCUGGAACGUUCGUUCUGUCCAUGGUCAAAGCCUGCACCGUACAGACUGGGAGCAUACCGUCCUAGAACUGCUGGGCCGUGGGACCACAGAGCACUUUGGUCACAGUUGGGGUGCUGUUGGCAUUCAGUGAGAAGGGAGGGACCCCUUAGUGGGACAGCUCAACAACAGGCCUUCCUCCAGGGUGCUACCCCUUCUACAAAACCGACCCAUUCAUCUUUGCGGAAUGCCCUCACGUCUACUUCUGCGGCAACACUCCCAGCUUUGGCUCUAAAGUCAUCCGAGGUGAGUUUUACCUUCUGGGGGGCUCCAGGCCUGAGUCGUAAGGGACAUUUCUCCUCACUUGGGUGCAAAGGUCACUACAGGGUCAGACAGUCUGUGCGAUGGCUACUGUGCGUGCCAUGGUGUAGCUGACUGGGUUGAGAUGGCUCUGAGCACACGGUCCAACUGUGGCUGUUCUCUCUGAGGACUUCCCCGUAGGGCAGGCCCUCCCCAGAACCUAAGGUGGACCCCAUAUGAUUGUAUGCAGGUCCUGAGGACCAGGCCGUGCUGUUGGUGGCCGUUCCUGACUUCAGUUCCACACAGACAGCCUGCCUGGUGAACCUGCGUGGCCUGACCUGCCAGCCUAUCAGCUUUGCAGGAUUUGGGGCAGAGCAAGACGACCUAGAAGACCUGGGGCUGGGUCCCUAGUGAGAGGCAGCUGGGUCAGGACAUCAGCCUUGCAAUGUGAGCCCUGUAAAUAAAACAUGAAUUUUUACCAUCUGAA